AUGGACACUGUCCUGCUUCCCAUAGAGUCGGAGCCUCUCGAAGCCUCAGCUGCGGCCGCAGCACAAUGGGCAGAGCUGGAGGACGCCGGGCCCGGAGACACGCAUGAUGCCAGCUCGUGGGCAGCUGCCAGCCGGGCCAGCGAGGCAGCUGACGGCCCUGAGCCUUCCUGCCCCGGCAGCAGGCCCUUGGAGGAGCCGGGGAACGAGCAGGUCUCCGUCAGCACGUUCCCUGCCCGGCUGGUGGCCGAGCAGCUGACACUCAUGGACAAGGAGCUGUUCCUGGAGCUGGUGCCAAACCACUGUCGGGGGGACCUCUCAUCUAUCAGGAACAAGCCGGGCUACGAGCAUGUGUGCCCCACUGUGCGGGCCAUCGAGAGCCAGUACUACACUGUGGCCGCCUGUGUCCUUACCACCUGCCUCUCGGAACUGAGCCCGCCCGCGCGGGCACGGAUGCUGGAGUACUGGAUCCUGGUGGCCCAGGAGUGCCAGCGCCUCCGCAACUGGGCGUCCACCUAUGCCAUCAUCUGUGCCCUGCAGAGCCCCGCCAUCCGCCGACUCAGCCAGACCUGGGGCCACGUGUCCUGGUGGAGCCGGAGGAAGCUGAAGGCCCUGUGCAGACAGGCCCGGAAACAUAGACGCUGCAAGCCCCCACAGGUGGAACAGCGCUGCAGCUUUGUGUCCUGCUUGAGGAACCUCGGGAGACGCCAGGAGUUCGAUCCCCGGAGCUGCAGCGUUCGGCCAGCCAGUCCAGACAGCUCAGGUAUCUGGACCCUGCCCCACCCAAAAGAGUGUGAGUCCCAGAACGACUGCACCAAAAGACACGAAGCCCGCUGUGAUUCCCGCAACUGA